AUGUCCGCCACCGAGACCAUCACCAUUCCCCAACAACCAGACAUCCAAUAUGCCCCGGACCACGCCAAAUAUCAAGCCCGCACUGCACGCCGUCUCGCUACAGAAGCCCUCUCAGCAGGGUUGCCUGCAGGUUUCCCCAAGGAGUUAAAAUCAGAUCUUGUCUGGGAAGGCUCUGAGCUUACAGGCAGCUAUGACUGGACGUAUGAGUUGAAGCCUGCCGAGGUAGAGGAGAUUGAGAAGGCGCUGCAGCAUUUCCAGUCUCUGAAUAAACCUACCGGCUUCGUCACCCCAGAAACAUUCCCCCUGCCAACGCUGCACGACACACUCCGUUCCAUCUCGCACGAGUUGCACCACGGCCACGGCUUCAAAGUCCUGCGUGGCCUGCCAGUGGACAAGCACCCCAUUGAAGAAAACAUCAUCAUCUACGCCGGCGUGAGCUCACAUAUCGGGCCCAUUCGCGGCCGGCAGGACCGCAUCGUCACCGAUACCCAAUCAACCGACGUGGUGCUCAACCAUAUCAAGGACCUGUCUACUCGUCCCGACUCGCAGGGACGAAUCGGCGCGCCGGCGUACACCACCGAGAAACAAGUCUUCCACACCGAUGCGGGAGAUAUCAUCUCGCUGCUUGCGCUGAGCGAGGCGGCGGAGGGUGGCACGAGUCGGUUGGCGAGUAGUUGGAGGGUGUAUAAUGAGCUGGCAGCUACGAGGCCGGAUUUGAUUCGGACGCUGGCUGAAGAGGAAUGGGUUUUUGAUGGAUUCGGAAACAAGGACAAACCAUACACUACACGCCCACUGCUCUUCCACACACCACAAACCGCCUCAGCCCCCGAACGAGUGUUGAUUCAAUAUGCCCGCCGCUCCUUCACAGGCUACCAGUCUCUCGGCCGCUCGCCAGACAUCCCGCCCAUCACCGAAGCCCAAGCAGAAGCCCUCGACGCGCUACACUUUCUCGCCGAAAAGUACUCUGUCGGGCUCGAUUUCCGUGCGGGAGAUGUGCAAUACGUCAACAAUCUCAGCAUCUUCCAUGCGCGCGACGGGUUUGUCGAUACUGCCGAGACCCAGCGGCAUCUGGUGCGGUUGUGGCUACGAGAUGAGGAGAAUGCGUGGCCGACACCAACAAGACUAAACGAGUUGUGGACGCGUGUGUACGAGGGAGUGGAUGCUGAGAAUCAGUAUUUUCCGACGGAGCCGAGAAUCAGGACGAGUAGUGAUGGGAAGGCCCAGCAGGGGGGUUACUGA